AUGUGGAAACGAGCAGUGUUGUCUGAUGUGAGGGUUGUGGUGCAGAAGAAGAGACACAGCCUACUGCCUGCCCCCUUGAUGCCUGCCCGUUGCCCUGAGUGUGUGUAUCAUCGCUCAUCUAUCAGCAUGAACACAGAAGCCAGAGUUCGCAAGCGUAUCCCCAAGUCCUGUAAACGGUGCCAUCGACGCAAGCAACGCUGCGUGGGUUAUCCAACCUGCGCGGGCUGCGAGUCCGCCCAGCAACCAUGUCUGCGCUCCGAAACCGCCCCCUCAUGGCAUCAUGCUAUGUCCAAGGGCGCUUUGGUCCAUAGAAUAGAAAUGCUGGAAUCACAGCUGGCCGCUGCUGUGCAAAGAGCCCUUCCAGGGUCAGAAGAAGACCAGGACACACCUUCAAGCCCCGAGAAUCUGGACCGAGCUGCGGUAGUGUCGCUGUUAUCUUUGGGCCGGGACCAUAAUGAAGAACCGGCAUAUCUGGGGCCAUCGUCGGGUCGGACAGUUGCUGAGAACCUGGGUCGCAUAGUGCACGAUACCGUCUGGACCGAAUCUCUUCCCAUCAACGCUGGCUUCCAACAAAGUGAACCACUCCCCUCCAGUCCUUCUUUCGUGACUGGGGAAGUGUCUGCCCCAGGCCAAGUUGUUGGCGCGCGACUUGUUGAGGCCUAUUUUCGUGACAUGCAUACUCGACUUCCAUUCCUCGAUCGCUCUGAGAUUCAUCACCUACACGAGCGCCUACACCAGAAGACUGAAUGCGAGGUCAAUGGAUUUGGACGGUUCAAGAUAUUUAUGGUCUAUGCUCUGGGCGCAUCCAUCCUACAAAUGACCGAUGCAUACGACUCUACCCCCCCUCGUGACUUUUGGGCAGCAGCAAUCAACUCACAAACUGCUCUCAAAUCACCCUCGACCUACGCCAGGAUCGAAGCAAUCAUGUUACUUGUCCUCUACGACCUACGAUCCUCGUCGCACUCUAGCGUUUGGUAUACUAUAGGGCUGGGAAUGCGGAUAUGUGUCGACCUCGGAUUACAUCGCGAAGGCCAGUAUCGGUCGAUGCGACAGCACGAGGCGCAGCUGCGACGCCGUCUUUUCUGGAGCGUGUAUCUCGUGGAGAGAUACGUGUCUUGGUCUCUUGGACGACCCUUUAGCAUUGCCGAGAAAGACAUAGAUGUCGAUGUGCCAGCUGACAUGAAUGAUACUAUCAACGACGACCGGCAGGUCAAUGAGAUUUUACGCACUCCUUCGGACCCGAUCGAGCCAGCACCAGGCUCAAACAUUCGAAGGUUUAUCUCUACUAUCCGCCUGCAGCGCAUCAUGUCUCAAAUGCACUCUCAAAUCUACCGUGUUGAUCGAGAUGUGUCAGCACUCAUAGAUGAGGUGCCUCCUUUAAUGACGUCACUGGAAGAUUUCGAACAGACACAGCCAGUCAUGGACUUAGAGGAUUCAACAUUCGUUCGGAUGCAUUGGCACAACUGUGUGCGCAUGCUUUUACAGCGGUUCCUAAGCGUCGUCCCUAGCGAAAACUCAUUGAUACGGAAAUGUCUCUACGCGUCUGGUCAGAUGUGUCAGUGCUUCAAGACGCUGCGGCAGAGAGCCUCGUCAGGAUACUCGUUUCUUCUGGUCAACUCCUUGUUCAUGGCUGGCCUGACAAUGUGGUAUGUAUCGCUCACUCAGGUGAUAGGCAUGGCUGACAUCACUAGUCUCUGCCUCUUCCGAGCGCCUCAGUUGUGGAGCAUCGCAGUGUCGGAUGAUUUGCGAGCUUGUUCGUUGUCAAUGUUCAUGAUGGCUGAGCGCAAUACUACUCUGCGGAAAUAUCGCGACGGCCUUGAGACAAUGAUGACUAGAGCCAUUGACUUCGUGAACAGUUCCUCCAAUAGUUUGACCAGCAAUGCUGGAGAUACGAGGGCGCAGGAGCCUACCGGACUGUGGUCACACACAAAUGCUAUACCCUUUUCCACUUACACAAACGGGCAGCAUGGCUCUACUGACUGGUCCGACCUGCCCACGCCGCCUCCUGCUCCGGAUUCAUUGCGCAGCGAUGGCCUCGGACUACAGUGUCACGGCCUACAGGAGAUGCUGGACAACUUGCAAUCAUUUGGUGACUUGUUGUCUGACGAUUUCUGGGCGGAUAUUCCAUGGGCCUCAAUGGCGGAAUAG